GCUUGAGACCUCAGACUAUAGUAUAACCCGCCAAACCAUUUUCGUGUUGUUUCUGAAUAUAAAGAAUAAAAUCAUUAAAAUUAUAUGAAUAAGGAAGUGUUUGAAUAUUAUUAACGAUUUAUAAGUUAUAAGUUCAUAAUAAAAUAGAAAAAUUUUAGUUGUGAGAAUAGUAUGCGUAGAUUAAGUAUGAAAACUAAGCACACUAAAUCUGAAACAAGUAAUAGCAAUUCCGAGGAAAAUGGCGUCGGUCAUUUAACCAUAGUUGACAAUAAUAACGAAAUGAAGAAAGGAAAGGAAAAUAAAAACGCGGAAUCACCGCGCAGAGGUACACCCAAAAAGCGUCCCUCGCGUAAUCGUCAUAGUCAGAAAGAAACAACUGAAAAUUCUACUCUGAAGUCCGAAAUUGAAGAUACUCAAGCUGUAGAUCGAGAAGAAGAAAAUAAGAAUGUCGGAAAGGCUGGUCCUAGUAAGAGACUCAAAAAAGAGGAUCAAAAAACAUCUUCUUUAAUAAAACAAGAAGGAAAUAAUGAAAAAGAAUAUGAGGUAGAAAAAAUUGUGAGUCAACGUACUAUCAAAGGUCAACGUCAAUUUUUAGUUAGAUGGAAGGGAUAUAGUGAAGAUUCUGACACAUGGGAACAAGAAAAGGAUUUAAGUUGUCCAGAGUUAAUAGAAGAGUUUUUAGCUGAAAACACAGAAAAUGAAGAAGAUAUCAAAGCUAAAAGGUUGGAGAUUUCUCCAAAAUCACCAAAAAAUAAAGUGGAUAAAAAAUCUAAAAAACCUAAAAAUAAUACAAAAAAACAGACAGAAAAUGGUAAACAAAUAAUAGCAUCAGAUGAAGAAAAAGAUAUAAAAGAUGAUCAAAAAGAAUUUGAAGUAGAAAAAAUUAUAGAAGUACAUUUUAAAAAAAAUAAAACAAGAGAAUUUUUAAUUCGUUGGAAAGGAUUUACAUCAGCAGAUGAUACAUGGGAACCAGAAGAAAAUUUAAAUUGUCCAGAAUUAAUUGCAAAAUUUAUGCAAAAAGUUGAAAAAGCUAAAAUUACAGAAGCUCGAGAACUUCGAGCAAAUCGUCCUCAUACAAAAAGGUACACACUAACUACACAUGAGCAUGGAAGGAGAUUAUCUCGAAGAAAUAUGGACAAACAAAGAGCUACUUAUCAUGAAUGUGAUGAAUAAGUAAUUAUAGAAUAGCAAGAUUACAAAAAAAUUAUAUUCAUAUAUAAUUUGCUUUCUGAAAAUGAUAAAGAUUAAUUUAAAAAAAAUGGGGAUUUUUCUAUUGUUUAAAUUUGUAUAAAGUACAACAGAUAUUACUUAUAUAUAUAAUAAACUAUCAUAAUUAUAUAAUGUCUGAGUUUCUCAGGCAACAAUUUAAUUGGUAGUUUUUCCCAAAUUUUGUUCUGUUUUAAAAGAGUUAAAAUAUCUUAUAGUAUUAUUUAUAUACAUAAACAUAUAUAUAUAUAUCUUAUGUUAUUUGAUAUUUUAUAUUUUUCAAGUAAAAAGAGUUUUUUCAAUUUUCAAA